CGCUGCCUCCCGCCCGCUGGCGCGGGGAGCGCGGCUGCGCGCUGGGCCGGGACCCGGAAGCGGCGGAAGCGGUCGUGGGGCGGUGCGGUGCGGGAGCAGCGGCGUUGAGCGGCCGAGCGCGUCCACGGAGCGCCCGGCGUCGCGCUGAUUAUGAAAUUGCUGUUAGGAAUUUUCUCGAGGAGGUCUGGCGUGGAAGCAAGUCUCCAGGGGAAUUCUUUGUCAGUCACCUAUGAAGCUCCUGGUUUUAAAGUUGUGCUUCUGCAAUGAAGAAAAGGAGACGGCUCGCUGCAAAUGUAAACGAAAAGGUUCGCCUCGGCCAUGAGAAAGUUGCUUCGGAUCAGAUUCUUGUAGUAGACUGUGCCCAGGAAAUUGUCUCCAAGUCUGCAGAAAUAGCUCCUGCAGAUCAGCUUGAAUCUGCCCCAGAACUUUCACCCUCGUCGGAACAAAGGAAGCUCCUAAGCUCCUUACAGUACAACAAAAACCUGCUCAAGUACCUAAAUGAUGAUAGACAGAAGCGUCCGUCAUUUUGUGAUUUGCUCAUAAUCGUAGAAGGAAAAGAAUUUAGUGCUCACAAAGUUGUAGUGGCUGUUGGGAGUAGUUAUUUUCACGCCUGCUUAAGCAAAAAUCCAAGCACUGACGUUGUCACGUUAGAUCACGUAACUCAUUCUGUCUUUCAGCAUUUGUUGGAGUUUCUGUACACCUCUGAGUUCUUUGUAUAUAAAAAUGAAAUUCCGCUGGUGCUGGAAGCGGCAAAAUUUUUAGAUAUUAUAGAUGCAGUGAAGUUGCUGAAUAACGAGAGUGUUUCUAGCAUACAGUCCGAUGUGGUAACUGACACACCUACACCUGUAGAAACGCUAACCGAGCUGACUGGUAAACUGUUGAAUAGUCAUCAGUGCACUUUCUGUGGUCGAAGUUUCUGUUACAAGAAGUCUUUAGAAAAUCAUUUGGCUAAAGCCCACAGAUCCCUCUCACUGGAGAGAAAACAUGGGCUAAAAAUGGUUGAGAAAGCAGGCUUUUCCACUCGACGGUCCACGAGAAACCGUAAGUGUCCGGUUAAAUUUGACGAUAGCGAUAGUGAAAGUGAUGAUGCAUCUGACAGCAAUUUGGAAAAAGUCAGUUCUGACAAGGAAACAUCUGAUAGAAGUGAAUUUGAAGACAGUGGAAGUGAAUGCAAUGCUGAUGAAGAAGGACAGGAGGAAGAAAUGUCAGGUGAAGAUUCAGACACUGAAGAGCAAAGUGAAAAAGAACAUGAUACUGAGGAGGGUUCCGAGGUAGCUGAUUCCGUGGGAAGUAUUCCUGAAGGCUUAGCUCCGGUCAUCAUUCAGAGCAGUAACAAAAAACUGCUGCAGUGUCCCAAGUGUGACAAAAAGUUUGAUCGAAUAGGCAAAUAUGAGAGCCAUACUCGUGUACACACAGGUGAGAAGCCUUUUGAGUGUGAUAUAUGUCAUCAGCGCUAUUCAACGAAGUCCAACCUGACGGUGCACAGAAAGAAACACUCUAGUGAUACAGACUUUCAUAAAAAGGAACACAAGUGUCCCUACUGCAAUAAGCUGCAUGCAAGCAAGAAGACGUUAGCAAAACAUGUGAAGAGGUUUCAUCCAGAGAAUGUGCAAGAAUUUCUUUCUAUUAAAAAGACUAAGAGUGAAGGUUGGAAAUGCGAUAUUUGUAAGAAGUCCUUCACUCGCAGACCCCAUUUAGAAGAGCAUAUGAUCCUUCACUCUCAGGAUAAACCAUUUAAGUGUACCUACUGCGAAGAGCACUUUAAAUCCCGAUUUGCAAGACUGAAACAUCAAGAAAAAUUCCAUCUCGGGCCUUUUCCCUGUGACAUUUGUGGGCGACAGUUUAAUGAUACAGGAAAUCUGAAACGCCACAUAGAAUGUACUCACGGAGGAAAGAGAAAAUGGACAUGUUUCAUCUGUGGGAAAUCUGUUAGGGAACGAACAACUUUGAAAGAGCAUCUGAGAAUUCACAGUGGAGAGAAGCCUCAUCUUUGCAGUAUUUGUGGGCAGAGUUUUCGUCAUGGAAGCUCUUACAGACUUCACCUAAGAGUCCAUCACGAUGACAAGAGAUAUGAAUGUGAAGAAUGUGGGAAAACAUUUAUUCGGCAUGACCAUCUGACAAAACACAAAAAAAUACACUCAGGUGAAAAAGCACACCAGUGUGAAGAAUGUGGGAAAUGUUUUGGCCGUAGAGAUCACCUCACUGUUCAUUAUAAAAGCGUUCAUCUAGGAGAAAAAGUUUGGCAGAAAUAUAAAGCAACGUUUCACCAAUGUGAAGUCUGUAAGAAAGUUUUUAAAGGAAAAUCAAGUUUGGAAAUGCAUUUUAGGACACAUUCAGGUGAGAAACCAUACAAAUGUCAAAUCUGUAAUCAAUCUUUUAGAAUUAAGAAGACGUUAACAAAGCACAUGGUUAUUCAUUCAGACGCUCGACCAUUUAAUUGCCAACACUGCAGUGCAACAUUUAAGCGAAAAGACAAGCUGAAAUACCAUAUUGACCAUGUUCACGGAACAAAGGCAGCAGAAGAGGCACUGACAUCUUCUUCAGAAGAAAAACUAGUCUCUUUACCAGUACAGUACACUUCUGAUGACAAAGUUUAUCAAACUGAGGCUAAACAGUAUGUGGAACAGUCCAAAACAUAUCAAUCAGAAGCCAAAACUUUGUUACAGAAUGUAUCUACUGAAGUAUGUGUGCCAGUGACUCUGGUACCAGUUCAGAUGCCUGAUCCUCAAGCUGAUCUAGUACAGCAUACUACUCAGUCACAUGGCAUUCUUCCUCCACAGCAUGAGCAGGCAGAUUAUCAGCGUGCGACAGACCUGUCAUUUCUAGAGAAAUAUACUCUUACUCCACAGCCUGCAAAUAUUGUUCAUCCUGUAAGACCUGAGCAAAUGUUGGAUCCUAGAGACCAGUCAUAUCUUGGAACUUUACUAGGGCUGGAUACAGCUCCUACUGUACAGAACAUUUCAAACAAUGAACAUUCGUGAUCAGAGCAUAACAUUCCACCUAAUUUACUAAGCCAUUAGCCAACAGGAGGCUGAUAUGGCAAUUAAGAUUUAUAUUUUGUAUUUUAUUUGGACUUGUGAGUCUUCUGCAUAGUUUUUGGAAAAACAGGUUUGUUUACAUGAUAUUUGAACAUUUAGGCACACUGAUGUAUACAGAGAGUGUUUCUUGUGAUUUUAAGAGUUUAUAAAAUAUUAUAGAUGGUCUUUUAAAAAUUAUGCUCUGAAAUAUCUUUUAAGGAUAGUUGCUGAGAAAAUGUAAUUAUGUACCUGCCUAUUAAUUUAAUUUUUUUUUUUUGCCUUUCAGCAUCUCACUGAGUUAAAGUUAUAAGUGUAAUAGAAAGCAUACUGGAAGAAAAAGGAUUGUAUCAAAUUCAUUAGAAAUGGUAAGCGUAGGCAGUAAUACAAAACACAAACUUCAAAUUAUGUUUCACGUGUAAAUUAAAAUUGAAUCCUCAGGCAUCUCUGGAGAGUUUUUAAAUUUCUAAAGACUCUGCAGCCUUUAAGUUAAUGGAGGGAGCUAGAUAAUUCUGGAAAGUGAUUUAGAUAUUUCGAGAACACAAAACAUGGAACUGUAAAGAACGCCAGAAGUAUAAUUAGGCUACCUACAUUUGGUCUGUUACUUGUUCCUUGGUCUUAAUAUUGACUUAUGUAUGAAGAUUUAGACAAUACUUUUGUCUAAUUUUUUGCCGUUAGCCCUAUGCAAUUUUAGUAUACAUUUUUCUUUUUCAGUCAUGUUUGUUUUCUAAAGUGUGUCCCACACUCUUAAGUUUGAAAGAAAUGUCAUGUAGCCAAUAGACAGUCAUAAAGAACUGGCAUGACUUGUUCCUUGUUAGAGCAUCAGUUGUACCAGGAUCCCCCAUAUUCGUUUUCAAAUUAUCUGUGAUGAAGAAGUUUAAAGACAGUUAUUUCCAGUGCAGCACUCAAUUGUUUUCUUCAAAAAAGAGAUGAUCACCAAUCAUAAAUCUUUUGUGAGUUGCUAGUGAUUUUCUUCCACUGUCUUGUGUUGUUUAUAAAGCAAAAUCAAGCUCUAGAGAGUAUGCUAUUUCUUCAGUUAUUUUUAGCUUUUUCUUUAAUAGAAGUAAGGUUAAAAAAAAAAUAACCUAUUUUUAACUAUAAAGUCUAGUGUAAUUUACCAUGAAAUCUAGUAUAAUUUAAUCUAGUGUAAUUUAAGAUCAUUAAGCUUUCUAUUUUAAGCCUAAUUUAAGUCUUUCUUCUUUGUUUGUAUUGUGAAAAUUAUGCCAAAGAAGAUAUUGGAUAUCAUUUUAUAAACUUCAUUAUUGCUCACAAGAAUUACAGUCUAAGGUAAAUUUUUCCCCAGCCUCCCCAGUAAUCUGCUAUUAUUAAAUUAUUAUAUUAAAGUAUCUUUAAAGUGGGUAACUGGAUCUAUAUGAAUUAUUGUAACUGUUGGAUUUUUCCAGUGACCUGAACACAACCAGUCUGUGUUGAAAAGCUCUUCUAUCAUCCCUUUUCUGUAAACUGUAAACACUGAACCUUUCAAGUCCUAUUUAAAUACUUUGGUGUGAGAUUAUUUUAGUUCCCAUUUACUUCAGUGUUAAGCAGUUUGCAGGAGAGGGGCCAGAGCUGCCUGAAUGUUCAUACUUUGAAGCUUGUGCCCUAUCGGAUUCUUAACACACCAAAGAUUUCUGUUAGCUGUUAAGUAGUGGCAGAGUUAUAGUAUUUUAAGUGUUACCGAUACUUAAAUAGGACUUAGCCAAAGAAGCACAAUGAAAGUCCUAAACUUUAAAAAGUUCAGUUUUUGAAACAGGACUAUGUAUGUUUAACUGUUCUAUGUUUGUAUCUCUGAAGUAAAAUGUGGAGCUGUGCUCUAGGAAUGUUCAGACUGACGUGCUGUAAAUAUAUCUGGUAAGAAUCGGAAUACUGGCAAAUAUACAGCAAUAAUGAGGCCUUUGAAUGCCACUUUCUGAAAGGACACUAUCAAGUACUAUACUUCCUGCUUUCUAACUCCACCUUUAUCUCCUCUCCUAAACAAAUCAUUUUUCAUCUUUACACUCCAUGACUUGGAAACUACUGUUUUAUCUGUAGUUUUCAAGUUUACAUGUAUACGUCAUAUUACCAUGUGUUGUGCAACAUGAGUUCCAUCAUUUGUAAUUGUAUGAUUAAAAGUAAACUGACAUCAGUGGGGUCAGUGCAGUUCUCAUAGUUAGAAGCCUGUUUAUUAUUUCUUGUCUCUUCUGGCCUACUGUAGAAGUAGGUAUUGUAGGAUUUCGAUAAAACAAUGACCUAAAAUUGGUUGGUAACUAAUUUGUUUUCUUUCAAAGUCCAGUUCUUUUGCAAGGCGUUCUAGUAAAAUACUAAAAGAGAAUUUAGAGCACGUCUACUUGAUAAUGUCCUUUUAAUUUGUUUUGUUUUGUUUUUUGGUGAUUGUGCCUUUUACGUAUAUUCUGAUAAUGGCUUUUUUCUGUAAUUAGUUGAUUAUUCAGAAGGAGUUAAGGUCAAUAUCUUCUGAAGGGCUUCAUGUUUUUGGAUGCCCAACAAGGAACAGAUUAUAAAAAUGACUUUCAGGAAAAAACGAGCUCUGUCUUCACUGUUUGGAUGGCCAGAAAUACUAGUCAUUCCUGGAAAAGAAAAAACAACACAAUAUACUAGUUCUUUGACAUUCUUUUGUUUGCAGAUAAUCAGACUAGUUAAUGUUUUAACCUGCUGGUCAGGCUGAUUGUUGCCAGUUGACAGUGAAUAAAAAUAGGAAAUAUUACAUUGUUUUUAUUUUUAAUAUCAUUAGCUGCAACUCUUACGGCUUUACAUCUAUUCAUGUAUAAGCUGUGUAAAUUAUCAUGGACUGGUACUUCAUGUGGUGGAUGGAAGUAGCUGAUCUCUAAUGGCAGAUGGUUCCUUUUGUUCUGGAGUUGAAGGACAGAGCUCUGAACCUCACAUCUGUGUGGGUCAAAACUCCUUAGGUAUCUAGUACCUCCAUUUUAAUACGUGUGUGUACUCUUAACAGUAGUCAUAUCCUAUUAACCCGGAGAGCAUUUUUACAAUACAAGCUGUGUUGUAUCUGACAGUAAUUGAUUCAGUUGACUGUUAAUUGCCAAAGAAGGAAGCAGGUCUCUCAAAAUGUCUAAAGAAUGAUGAGUGGCACAUUGAAAGAUGUUGGUCUUUUCCACGUGCUGACCUUUGGGGAGAGGGAUUGGACUCCACAGCGGUGCUCCAAACUCGUACGUAGUUCUGAGAACUUAACUGCACUCAUUCUGUAAACACUGAAUUAUGUGCAUUUUGCUAGACAAAUUUAGUAAUUUUUAGCUGUUGACUGGAUUGCUGUCCUUAAAGUGAUUUGUCUAUUCAGUUUUAUUUAUUUAUAUUGAAAUUUACUGCUUGAGCACUGACACUUUUCCUACAGAGGUAUCGUUGUCAUGGCUUGUUUUUGUUUUUUUGAGCAUCAGUAAUUGUAAUGGUGAUGAUACAUCUUCUGUAAGGUUCUGGUUUCCUUAAAAUAUUUAGUGCUACUUCAGUCCGCAUUGUUAUUUGGGUAGCUAUUUUUCAAGAUGGGUCAGGCCAAAACACUACUGCAAAAGAUGGACUUGCCGUCAUUAAAGAGCUAAACUUAUUUUCAUAGUAAUAAAUAUGAAAGAGUAUUUGGAACGCUGAGGAAUGACUCUUCAGUUCAAUUAAAAAUGGUAAUAGUUAUAUCAGUGUAGGAACUCGCACAAAGCAAAAUGACUGAAUUUUGAGAAGGUUAAUGGUGGCAAUUUUUUUUUUUUUUUUUUUUUUUUGCAAACAACUGCAAGAAAUGUUACGUUUUUUUUUCCUAUGUUGAGCAUACACACAUACUAGAUUGCACUCCACACGUAGUACAUUUAUCAUAGUGUAUUAGUGCAUUGUCCCCUUUUUUUUUUUUUUUU